AUGGGUACAACGAUAGAGGAGCUAGAAGGAAUGUUCGACGACCACCCCUCUUUAAACGCAUCUCUGCAGGACUUCGAGCAAGGAAGCAUAGAGAUAGAUCCCAACCCACCUCGCCGCUUUGGUUAUCCUUCCCAACAUUCGGGCUUCCGCAGCGACACGGACUCGGAGGACGACCUAAGAGACUCGGUAUCCAGAGGUGGUUACAGUCCGCCAGCAUGGAGACGAGAGGACAACGGCAAUCGAACCAGCGGCUUUUGGAAUCGGCAUAAUAAUAUACUGGGGAAAAGGCACAGGGAACUUUCGAGAGAGAGUAGUCCGGAAUAUGAGAGUGCUGAUGAGGGUGGUGGAUCAGAUCCGACUCUUGCCGCCGCGGUAAGGACAAGGUUACCAACUGGUUCGAUAUCGCCGGAGAAGAAGAGAAGUCCGUCGCCUGAUCGAUACACUUCGGGGAAUGGUGAUUUUGGGAAGGCAUUUGGCGCAGUGAUUAAACAGGAGAAUGACCAAGAAGUUAUUCGAUUCGCAUUCAAGACGGAAUUACAACAUCGUACAGAACCUUUCGAGGUUGCAUUUUCAUCCCUGAGUCAAAAGCUUGAGAAAAUUAUGAGUUCAUGGGCUUCAAUGUGCAGCGCCCUUGUGGUAGCCAUAAUUUCUAUUUUAACACUACGAACACUAUUUCAACCUUCACAAUUACCACCAGUUCCAGAUCUUAUCAAGGUCGCAGGACUCGCAAGAGGCUUCGAACCUCUAAUAUUCUAUUCCGAAAAUGGAAUUCAGCAAAUCGGUGAUAUACAACAAACUGGUAUUGCAGUCUGGGAUCUUUGUGAGAGUGUACGUUCAACAAAUAUGACUUCUGCGCCAGUUAUUGUUGCGGAACUCGACGAACUGAGUGAAACCCUUAAAACUUUGUCUCUUGAGUUAACCAGAUUCUUUGCUAAUGUGGAUGGAGACGUGGAUGGUAUUUUGAUUGUUAUGGCUUGGGCGAAACGAGAACUUGCUCAACUAAACCAUCUUCCACCUUCUCCUCUUAAUUCAGCUUUUGAUAAUAUACACACAUUACUUAGUAGAGUGGGGGUUUUUGAGAAUCCAACUGGUACGCCCACCAAAAUUGGGGUCGUCGCAACAAACAUAUUUGGCAUGUCAUCGCCUCAAAGGACACGUCAAACCCUUCAGAGAACAUUCAAUGAAUUUCUCUCGGUUCUCGAGGAUGCUAUCAGUUCCGAGCUCAAUCAUGCUCUCCAUCUCUUUGCUAUCUUCGAGAAAAUCGAUCAUCAAUUUAAAGCACUAUCUCGGAGUGCUUCCCGUGAACUUGAUACUCAAGAAAUGGACGAAGAUAAACUUCUCUCUUCACUUUGGACCAAACUUCUCGGUCCUUCUUCUAGUACUCUCCAUAAAUUUGAAAAGAAUAAAAAACUCCUUGCCAGCAUACGCUCAAAGACUAUUCAAAAUAAAUCUGUCCUACUCGAUCAUAACGGCAAACUAUUAACUUUGCGAGCAAACCUAGACUAUCUAAGAAAAAAACUGGUCAGUCCUCUGGUAAGGACAAACAGUAGUACGAUUCGAGUUGAAGAGCAAAUCCAAGGUCUAGAGGAUGCGAGUGGACAUCUAGGAAAGGUCAGGGAAACGCAAAAGGGGAAGUUAAUGGAAAUGCUGUAUGGAGCUGGGAGUGGUGGUGCGAGAAGAGUUGCGGGAGUUGCGGGAGUUGGAAUUGAGGGAAGAUGA